AUUCAUGAAAUAUCUUACACAGUAAAACAAUUCUCGUUACACUGAUCUGGUAUUCUGUCACGUGUUCAUGGCCCUCGUGGAUCCGUCAUAGCAAUGCACACGAGGAAAAUGCAGUCGAAAAUAAAAUUGAUUAACAUUUUUACAAGACAUAAAUGCUCUAAUAUAUCAGUUAGUGGUGAAGAAUAUUUUUUUCCUGCCAAGAAAGUUUUCAAGAAAAUUAUAAAAACCAAAAGAGCUGUCGACUCGAGUGGUCUAACCUCAAAUAUUACGAACAUUAAAAGACGAGAAAAUUUAGAAAUUCAUCUGAAUUCAAAUAAAGCUGUACCAAAAUUUAUCCCUGAGAAUUUGAAUGACAUGUCACUGUGGAUGGACGAUGGGAUAAACAAAAAUCCUGAUGAGAAAAAUAAUAAGACAAAUUAUUCAGUGGAGAAUCAGGAGAAUUCAGAAGACAACAUCGAGCAUUACAAAUUGCAAAAUAAUAAGGAGAGUAACAAUGAACCAGAGAUUGGAGAGGAAACUCGAUUCAAUGAAUUGAAUAUGCAAAUGCUAUCGAAAAAAUUGCACGAGCAGGUCUUCAUAAAUUCAGACCAAAAAAUAGGUUUAUCCAAUGAAAAAAUCUCAUCUUUAAAACAUGAACUCCGUAAAUUUGGAAUGGAAGUGGAUGAAAGUGUUUGUACGCCAGAUAUAUCCAUCGACUUACCAAAGUUGGAAGGAAAGAACGUGGAAGAGCACUUUUACAAUAUAGCAAGUACUCAAUCAAAGCCAUACUUGAAAAUUGUUCAAGAUAUUCUGCGAGAUAUUCCUCCAGCUCCGGAGAAAUGGUUGCUACAGGAAGGAUGGACAAGAUAUUCCCAUGGGAAAGCCGAGAAAGUCGAUUACCCAUUAGAAGAUGGAUUGAUUUUCGACGUUGAAGUGUGUGUUAAAGAGGGUCCAUUACCGACUUUAGCUACAGGAGUAAGUACUGAGGCAUGGUAUGGUUGGGUCGCCAAAGCUCUGGUAGAUGGAAGUAGUAUACCAGCAGAAAGUCGUUCAUUUACUCCUGAAUUGCUGAUACCCAUUGAAAGUACAUCAACCGAGCACGGAAAAAAAUUAUCGGAAUAUCAGAAGUCUCCGAAGAUCAUCGUAGGGCAUAACGUGUGUUAUGACAGAGCUCGAAUCAAAGAACAAUACUGGUUGACCUCAACAGGUACACGUUUCGUUGACACUAUGUCUCUGCACAUAUCUGUCAGUGGUAUGAACAGUUACCAGAGAUCUUUAUUGCUCUCUAAGAAGAACGAGCCAACAAGUAACGACUUUUUAAACUGCACAUCUCUCAAUAAUCUGGCCGACGUUUAUUCCCUCUAUUGUGGCAAAAAGCAUAAAAAAGAGGCACGAGAUAUUUUUGUCGAAGGGAGCUUCACAGAUGUUCGCGAAAAAUUUGACCAAUUGAUGGGCUAUUGUGCUUCUGAUGUUGUGGUUACACAUGAAGUAAUGCAAAAUUUAUUUCCUCUUUUUCAAGAGAGAUUUCCUCACCCAGUGACUUUUGCCGGAAUGCUCGAACUUGGUUCUACCUAUUUACCAGUCAAUUCUAAUUGGCAAAGGUACAUAGAAGAGUCGGAGUCGACAUUCGAAGAUUUAAAUUACGAAGCAAAAGUCAGUCUAUCAAAAAGAGCUGAUGAGGUUUGUAAACUUAUGCACAAUGAUAAAUAUAAAGAGGAUUUGUGGAUGUGGGAUCAAGAUUGGAGUAUUCAAUCUGUAAAGACAAAGUCAACGGUGGCGAAAAAAAAAUUGGACGACUUGCAGAAAGAAUCUACCCAGGAAAUAAAACAGCAAUCAGAUUAUGAAAAAUAUUUAACAGACGAUGAAGACGAAGCCGAUCCUUUGGAAGCUCAAUUUUCCUACUUGAAAAAUACAAAGCACUUACUCCCCGCAAAGUUUCCACAUAUGCCGGGCUAUCCCGCUUGGUACCGCAAACUAUGUAUGAAGCAGCAUGAAGAGAACUGGCGCCCUGGCCCCCACAACAUCAGUACUUCAAUGAAAAUAGCUCCAAAACUAUUGAAUUUAACCUGGGAAAACUAUCCAAUUCACUACAUCAGAGAGCACGGUUGGGGUUUCCUAGUGCCAUAUAAUGACGAUCCUGACAUCACCACAAAACUUCCACUGAAACAAUUACUCGCCCAGUGCCCUUUACCUGUGAAACUUUGUCACUCACAGGACAUCACUGACGCAAUGGCCUCCCUUGAGAAAGAUGUUCAAAAUGACCUUCACAAAACAGAAUUCUGGAGAGACAAAAAACGAAAGCCAAAGAAAAAUGACGGAAGGCCCGACACAUUCUACAAAGGCACUGGUAUCUGGUGCAAUGUUGAUAUCGACAAUUGCUGCUGGUUCUUCAAACUCCCUCACAAGGAUGGACCGAGUCUCAAUGUAGGGAAUCCCUUAGCCAAGGACUUUUUGAAUAAAUUUUCCGAGAAUAUUCUCGCUGGUUUGGACUCUAGUGCCACUGAGAUUUUACAAAUAGCAAAAACUGUCUCUUAUUGGAGGAAUAAUCGCGAUCGAAUAAUGUCUCAGCUGGUAAUCUGGUGGAACACUGAAAAUUUACCAUUAUCCAUUAUUCGCGGCAAUCGCCACAUUAGUUAUGGUGCAAUAAUUCCGCAAGUCGUGGUGAGUGGUACUCUAACAAGGAGAGCAACUGAACCUACGUGGAUGACCGCAUCAAAUGCUCAUACGGAGCGGAUUGGAUCCGAAUUAAGAGCUAUGGUCCAAGCACCACCGGGUUUCAAUAUUGUAGGAGCUGACGUCGAUAGCCAAGAGCUCUGGAUCGCCUCACUGAUAGGUGAUUCCUAUUGUGCUGGAAUUCACGGAGCUACGCCCUUUGGUUGGAUGACACUCAUCGGAAGUAAAUCGAAAGGAACGGAUAUGCACAGUGUAACAGCAAAAGCUGUUGGUAUAUCUCGGGAUCAUGCUAAAGUUAUAAAUUACGCAAGGAUUUAUGGUGCGGGAAUGAAGUUCGCUGAGAGACUUUUGAAACAGUUUAAUCCGUCCAUGGGGGAGUCUGAGGCGGUAUCAAAGGCGAGGAAAAUGUUCAGCAUAACGAAAGGGAAGAAGAUUUAUAAACUUCGAGAUGAAUUUAUUAACGAUGACCUUGAGGAUCGUGACUAUUCCUCAUGGGAGGCUUAUCAACUUGCUAAACUUCAUGGAAAGAAGGUCGAAGAGAUGUUUGGGCAGACGAGAUGGUCCGGAGGUUCUGAGUCAGCCAUGUUCAACAGGCUCGAGGAAAUAGCUGGGAGUCUUCACCCGGUGACACCAUUUCUCAAUUCACGGCUCAGUCGAGCUCUAGAAGUUGGUGAGGAAGACAAAGACAAAUAUCUGCCAACGAAAAUCAACUGGGUUGUACAAAGCGGUGCCGUUGACUUCCUUCAUCUCAUGCUGGUUUGCAUGAAAUGGUUAAUGCGUGACAACGCCAGAUUCUGUCUCUCCUUUCAUGAUGAAAUUCGAUACAUAGUACCAUCACGAUAUAAGUACAAUGCGGCCUUGGGAAUGCACGUUACCAACCUACUCACGAGAUCCUUCUGCGCCUCGAGACUUGGAAUUAACGAUUUACCCAUGUCUGUAGCAUUUUUUGCCUCUGUCGAAGUGGAUUCAGUUCUCAGAAAAGAAUCCAGUAUAGACUGUAAAACUCCCUCAAAUCCCCACGGACUUGAAAAUGGAUAUGGCGUGUCGCCAGGAGAAAGUUUAGACGUUUGGAAAGCCGUGGAAAAAUCUGGUGGAUCACUUGGUCCAUGGCACACGGCGCAAAUGAAGAAAAAAAAAGUUGUAAAGGUCGCGGAAUAAAGUUAUACAAGUUUAACGAGUAAUGGAACAAAAAAUCACUCAAAAAUUUACUUUGAUAGUCGCCUAUCCAAUUCCAUAACAAAUUAUAGGCAUUUUUUUUUACUAUCGU